AAACCAAAAACCUCUUUGGGUCCAACCCUAAUAAAACUCACAAUUAGUUUGUUCUUGGCCACUCGAAGUGAACUGGAGAAGAUAGAAGAAGCAGCAGCAGCAGGAGGAGGAGGAUGUUCUAUUCGCAGACGUUCUUGGCUCGGAAGGGUCCCCUCGGCACCGUCUGGUGCGCUGCCCAUCUGCAGCACCGUCUCAAAAAGUCUCACUACACCUCCACUGAUAUUCCCUCCACCGUCGAGCGCAUCAUGUACCCAGACAUCCCCAUUGCACUGAGGAUGUCAGGCCACCUUCUAUUAGGUGUUGUACGGAUAUAUUCCAAGAAGGUUGAUUAUCUCUUCCAUGAUUGUCAUAUCAUCCUUGUUGGUUUGAGUAAGGCCUUUGAUGCCAAAAAUGUUGAUUUGCCGGAUAAUGAAAACCAAGCUCCAGUUUAUGCUAUUACUCUGCCCGAGACAUUUAACCUUGAUGCUUUGGCACUGGAUGAUGAUAUAUACACUGAGGGGAGCCCAGAUAAUCAUCUCAGAAAUGAGGAAGAUAUCAGACUACCAGACCAAAUUCCUACUGGAGUAAAUCCUUAUAUUGCCAUAACUUUUGAUGAGGACAUGAUGGAUGUAUUGCAUUCAGAAGCAGCUCCUGAAUCAGCUCCUGAAUCAGCUCCUGAAUCAGGAGUCCAACCAAUGGAUGAGGAUGUCAUUCUUCAAUCUCCCAUUGGUGGUAAUCUCCAGAAUGAAGAACUGAAUGCAACAGCAGCUUUUCAAGAUCCUGGUCCAACUAAUGAGACAGAAUUGCCUGGCACAAGCAUGGCUUUUGGGGAUACAGGUCCAAGUAGCCAGACAGAAGUACUUAGACCAACUAUGGAUUUCUACAAUAGUCAUCCUGGCAAUCAGACAGAAGCACCUAAUAUCACUCGUGAUGACAGUGUCACUCAAGAUUUUCCAGAAAUUGAAGUUAGGCGUGAUACAGUCCAUGAUAUUAGCACUGAAGGCCUACCUCUAGGGCAUCCAGAUCAGAGAAAUGAUGCGGGUGAAAUUAGAGUAUCUUUGGAACAAAUUUUGGAUGAUAAGGAGAUUCAUACUCCAAUUCUCAGGAGUAUUUCAACUUCUGGAGGAGAGUCUAUACCAUUUCAUGAGCACUCUGGUCCACCAACUUCUGCUGCUUUUCAAGAGUCUCCUGGGAAUUUGUCUGGACAUAAAUCACCUCAACUUGCCAUUCAACCCUCUCCACCAGUACAGCAGCCAAGAAAGAGACGGAGAACACAGGGGAGGCUCUUCGAUACGGAACUAGUCUUGUCUAAUAGGAAAAUGGAUAGGUCUAUGAAGCAGGCACUUGAAGAUUCUAGUGAUCUAGUACGGAAGAGAAGGAAUGUACGUGCCUCUACUUUGGCUGUAUGGAAGUCAAACAACAUUCUCAGAAAGGGACAAUUAUUUCAUGGGGCUUCAGUAACUGGGUUGUGUGUUGAUGUAUCUGAAAUGUUUGAGAGGAACUACCACUUUGCAAAACCCAAUUUAGCGGUACUACAGGAAGCUGUUUCAAGUCCUAGGAUUUUACAAUCUCCUGCUCCAAGCACAGAGCCCAGGGAUUUGCAGAUUCCUGCUACUGCAACUGCAACUGGCACUGAAUCUAGCCCAGAGCAUAGGGUUGGAAGACCUCAAGCUUCAGUGCCUGAAAUCGACAGGGAAACUGAAUAUCUUCGAGAUGAUCAAGGCAGUGCUUACAACGAUAUUUUACAUGAAUUUGAGCCCUCCCCAUCUAAGCCAAUGUGUUCUGCAAGGGAUGAUUCAUCUCCACUAUCAACUAACAGUUUAAGGUCAGAGACGGUACCUUGGGUACUUCCAACACCAGAUGCUGCAGCAUCCACUGGAACUCAUGGAUCUGAGUUUGAAACACCAAGGGCAUUCUUGGAUGAGGGACUGGUUCUGGGAAGCACGGGUCUUUCAGAUAUUCCUGAGAUGCUGUGUUCUGCAGAAGCAAAUGAUCUUUACUUUCUUGAAGAUGAUAAUAAUUCCCCAACUGAAUUCCAAGCAAGUCAAGGAGUAGAUUCCUUGUCUGUGAGAACUAGAGCAGUGGCUCAAUAUUUGAAGAAACAGUCGCCUAUCACUGCUAUCCCGGAAAACUCAUCUGGAUAUCUUAGUUUGAAUAAGAUCUUAGAAGGAAAAACAAGAAAAUUAUGUGCUAGAAUGUUUUAUGAGACAUUGGUUUUGAAGAGUUAUGGACUUAUUGAUGUACAACAAGAAAAAGCUUACGAAGACAUCACUUUGAAGUUGACUGCAACUCUAUCUAAGGCCCAGAUAUAAGAAUGAAGUUAACUACAAGUUGCGAACAGGAACAAGAAAGGAGCUUUCGGUUGGCAGAAAUACAAAAAUUUUGAUCUU